CCCCUAGCUAAACUCCUUUCUGCUGGUUUAUAACCUAGACAGAGCUCCCUGCGUGCACCGCGCGCUGCCGAAGGGCAGGCCAAGCAGGAUCAACAUGUCUGCAGUGGAGGAAGCAAUUCGUGGAGGGUGUGACAGUCAUCCUUCUGCUGGUGGCAAGUCUGUGUUAUGCUUUGGACAGAGCCAAUACACAGCAGAAGAGUACCAGGCCAUCCAGUGUGCUCUGAGGCAGAGGCUGGGCCCGGAAUACAUAAGUAGCCGCAUGGCUGGAGGAGGCCAGAAGGUGUGUUACAUUGAGGGUCACAGGGUGAUUAGCCUGGCCAAUGAGAUGUUUGGGUACAACGGCUGGGCCCACUCCAUCACACAGCAGAAUGUGGAUUUUGUUGACCUCAACAACGGCAAGUUCUACGUGGGAGUCUGUGCGUUUGUGAGGGUGCAGUUGAAGGACGGCUCCUACCAUGAAGAUGUAGGCUAUGGUGUCAGUGAGGGCCUCAAGUCAAAGGCCUUGUCCUUGGAGAAGGCCAGGAAGGAGGCAGUGACAGAUGGGCUGAAGCGAGCCCUCAGGAGUUUUGGGAAUGCACUUGGAAAUUGCAUUCUGGACAAAGACUAUCUGAGGUCACUAAAUAAGUUUCCACGCCAGUUAGGAUUACAGGCUGAUUUAACUAAAGCAAAGAGACAAGAUUUUGAACCAUCCGUGGAACAGGCAAGAUACAACAGCUGCCGCCUGAAUGCAGCUCUGGGACCCUCAAAACCACAGGAGAUGACCUUCCCUUGCAAAGCAAGCCACACAGAUGACCCCCACAUCUUGCUACAAGGGGACAGAGACAACGGCUGCCGCCCAGCCGCCACCACGGAACAUGACGCCGCUCACCAGAGGAAGCUCCGGCAGAAGCAGCUGCAGCAGCAGUUCCGCCAGCAGAUGGAGAGACGGACGCACGUGCAGACGCCUGCUGCAGCCGAGGACAGCAAGUCAGCACUUCCGGACCCUCCUCUGACACACAGCACCUCCACAACCGCUGUCUCAGAGCCCCCCAGGGAGAAGGCUGCCCUGCCAGGGAACUUUGAAGACAACCUUGAAAUGUGGGAUCUGACUCCGGAUUUAGAGGACAUUGUCAAGCCCUUGGCUGUACCAGAACCUCCCCAGACCUCUGCCACCACAGCCAAGAACCAGAUGGUGGCCCAAGACGGGCUCCCACACAGCCUUUGCCACCAGAAGCCACAAGAAAAACCUGAACCUUGGCAUCUCCAAACCUACAGUACUAACCAGCCCCUAACAGGACACUGUGCCUCUCACAGUAAGGAUCAAGAUAUGAAGAAACGGAAGUGGGAUCCGUCCUGAGGCUCAGGACAGAGGACUGUCACAGAGACUUUGGAAAAGUGCCUUUUGGUCAUGGAAUUGUUUAUAAUUCCUGGGGAAUGAACUUUAUUUCCAAGGCUUUGCCUCGAUUCACCCCGAAUCUCAUCAGAAGACUUGACUGUUGGAGCCCACUGCAGAGGAUGCCAUGCACUUUGUGGGGUGGAGGUGGGGCAGAUGAAAUACCUUUGUCUUUUGAGGUGUUUUUACUAUCUACUCAUCAGCUAUUGCGCUUAUUAAUAAAGAGACAUUUUAGGAACUGGCAGUGGCUGCCCACCGUCAAGCACCGUCAGUCCUGUCUGCAGUGAAUAGUUAGGUCAUCUCUGAAGUCUUGCAUGUAAGCGCUGUGGAUCCGAGAAUGAGGUUAUGACGGUGCUUCUCCCGGGCAUCAACUCGGGUGAGUCUUCAUCUCAUUUAGUGGUCUCCCCGUUCUCCUGUGAUGUGUUCCAGACUUGUAGCGGAUGCCUGGGACCAUGGCUAGUACCGAGUCUUGCAAUUUAAAGCCUUUUGCACGUUAAGUACUUACCAGGUCCUGCAGCCGUAACUUUAGUUUGUGUGCAACAGCAAAACCACCGUGAACUUCUCCUUCUGCAGUUUCCCCAGUAGAUGAGUUACUGUCAAUCUUAGCAACUGCAGUCUUCCUUCCUGAAGGAGGUGCUUGCCAGCAUCACUUCUUUUUUGUGAGCUUUGGGGGCCAUUAGUAAGAUUGGGUUUCUUGGACUCAAGCUGUGCAGUAUGGGGGGGGGUGGGGGGGUGAGC